GGCAUAAAUGAUGAAUACGUGUGUUUAUUCAAAUUGAUAAGAUAUCGUAUAUCUAUCAUUUUUCAUUUUGAAAUGUUAACUUUUUCUUCACAGUUGUAUUUUUAAUGUACUUGUCAAGGAAAUAAUAUAACCUCAUUAUUAAUAAAUUCUGUUGGAUAAAUUUUAAAUUCCGCUUUCUAAACGACGUCAUCCAGAACGGAAAUUUUUUUAAUUUGUAUUUUCACUUGCUACAUCAAAGUCAAUUCGAUUAACAAGUAACUUAUAUUGUUUAUGUACAUGUGUGUUUGUGUUUAUAUGUGUAUAUAUAUAUACACACAGUAUAAACAUAUAUAUGCAUAUAUAAACAUAUAUAUAUGUAUGUGUAUUGUAUCUACGUCACUGCAUUCGAUGUAUCGUAACCAUGACUACGGGAUAGAUGAAAAAGAAGACAUCACGUAUAAAAUGUAGAUGUAGUAGUAUGUAAAAUAUACGUACACGAAUCAGUAUUACGACAUUUUGCAUAAAACAGUUGUUAAUGUCAAGGAUAAUAAUAUUUGUCAAAGUUUUCACCAGAUUUUUAAGAGUACGACACUGUAGCCACCUUUUAAACGGAAAUAAUACACGAAUAAACUUACGCAAUUACCAAUCGUGGUCUUUGACCCUGAAUCUAACCUGUGCACGUGUUGCGUCGUGUGAUAAAAACACGAUUUUGGCAUGAAACUAUCUUCCUUCAUCGAUUGCCAAGAAUCGAAUUGUGACACUGCUAAAAAUUGAUUGAUGAAAAUCCAAAAUAAUUCUGACGGCGAAUAUCGAAAUAUAUUAAUGAAAGAAUAAAAUUAUUAAAACGACAAAUAUGGAGAACAACGAGGAUAAGAUAUUAGAUGAGGAACAAUGGAAGCUGGAAGCACAGGCUGUCAUCAACGAUAUCAAGAAUCACGUGAACGACGUAAAAUUAUCCGACAGAUUGUGCAGUACGAAUCGAGUUAUCUAUCUCAAUUUAACAACAUUGGAGAAUUCAAAAUUUUGCAUUGAAUUAUCCAGUGCAGGUUUUACAAUCGUUGGAAACGAACACGACGACACUUCCAAUAAGGGAAAUGAAUAUUUUGAAACGCCAUACAGUUUAUUGAAUUUCACAAGUCCACAAUAUAGGGAUUCAUUCGGCAAUUUGUUGUUAGAAAAAUUAAACAAAUUGAAUCAAGAAUAAAAUGAAUGAUAUUUUUAAAAAAAAUAUAUAUAUUUAUCUAUAUUAUAUAGUUCUGUUCGAUUUUAUCUUCUAAUGAUUUACGGUUUUUUCUUUUUUUUUUUUUUUUUUUUUCCAGUAAAAUAAGAUAAUUAUAUAUGAAAAUAAUAUGUUACGUGACGUGAUCAGAAACGCUACUUCUAGAAAACGAAGCAUGCGGAAUCUAUAAAAAAAAAAAAAAGAAAAAAUGGCGUUUGUCCUCGAAAAUCGACAAAGUUCGUGCGACGUACAAGGACAGUACCGUAAUUAUUACGUUAAUUAUACAAUACGGUUUCCAUUGAAAUGAUAUAUCUUGUAAAACAAAACACUGGUAUCUUUGUUAGUUGUGUAUCAUAAAGAUAAUAUUCCAUGAAUUCUAACGAA